AUGUGGGCGCCGUCGCGGGGGUCGUCGUCAGGGAGCGGGCGGCGGACCUGGCGCCGGCGCAUCGCGGACUACCUCGCCGACGACCAGACCGACGUGUCGGACAAUGAGUCCUUCAUCACGGCGCACAGCGACGAGUACGUCGCCGCCUCCACGUCCGCCGCGGACGGGGGAAUGCUGCCGGCGUUCCUCGCGGACCAGAGCGACCUCGUGGAGGUGAUGCUGGAGCUGGACGAGGAGUCCAUGGUGGUGCGCAGCGUCACGCCCACCACCGCGGCGCUGUACGGGACGCCCACAACGUCGCUGCCCGGCGCGGGGGCGGCGCCGCAGGCGGCGCACACGCCGGACGGCCCGCGGAGCCUGAGCCGAUGCUCGUCGACGUCGUCGCGGAUCCGCAGGAAGUUCGCGUGGCUGCGGUCGCCUUCGCCGUCGCUGCGCCGUCCCCCUCCCCCGCCCGAGGCCGCGGCCGCCGCGGCGUCCUCGGACCAGCAGGUGGUGCGGGAGGCGGCGCUGGCGGCCCGCGAGCGGCGGCGCGUCCAGGCGCGCCUCCUGAACCGGUCGCGGUCCGGGGCCCGGCGCGCGCUCAAGGGCCUCCGGUUCAUCAGCCGCACCACCACCGACGCCGACGGCGGCGCCGCGCUCUGGCGCCCCGUGGAGGAGCGCUUCAACGCGCUCGCCACCGACGGCCUCCUCGCCCGCGACGACUUCGGCGACUGCAUCGGUACGCACGUUCGUUCGAUGGUGGACUCGAAGGAGUUCGCCGUGGGCAUCUUCGACGCGCUGGCGCGGCGGCGGCGGCAGAACCUGGAGCGAAUCAGCAAGGACGAGCUCUACGAGUUCUGGCUGCAAAUCUCCGACCAGAGCUUCGACGCGCGCCUCCAAAUCUUCUUCGACAUGGUGGACACCAACGUGGACGGUAGGAUCACGAGGGAAGAAGUGCAAGAGCUGAUCGUUCUGAGCGCGUCGGCGAACAAGCUGUCGAAGCUUAAGGAGCAGGCUGAGGAGUACGCGUCCCUGAUCAUGGAGGAGCUCGAUUCGGAGAAUCUCGGCUACAUAGAGCUGUGGCAGCUGGAGGCGCUGCUCCUGCAGCGCGACGCGUACAUGACCUACAGCCGGCCGAUGAGCAGCGGCAGCGCGGCGCAGUGGAGCCAGGGCCUGAGCGCCGGCGCCGGCGUGGGCGCGGGCGCAGGCGGGCAGCAGCAGCCGCAGCCGCAGCCGUCGUCGCAGUGGCAGCUGCAGCGGCGGAGGUGGAGCCGCGCGGCGCGCGGCGGCGCGGGCGCGCGUGGCGGCGGCGGAGAGCUGGCGGCGCGCUACCGGCGGUCGGCGGCGUUCCGGGUGAUGGGGUACUGCCUUCCGACGGCCAAGGGCGCCGCCGAGACGCUCAAGCUCAACAUGGCGCUCGUGCUGCUCCCGGUCUGCCGCAACACGCUGACGUGGCUCCGCUCCACCUGGGCACGAUUCUUCGUCCCCUUCGACGACAGCAUCGCCUUCCACAAGAUCAUCGCUUUGGCUAUCGCGGUGGGCAUCUGCCUGCACGCGGGGAACCACCUGGCGUGCGACUUCCCGCGGCUGAUCGCGUCGGGGCCGGACGAGUACCGGCUGGUGGCGCGCUUCUUCGGGCGGGACAAGCCCAGCUACCGGGGCCUCCUCGCCGGCGCCGAGGGCGUCACGGGGAUCGUCAUGGUCACGCUCAUGGCCGUCUCCUUCACCCUCGCCACGCGCUCAUUCCGGAAGCGGGAGGAGGCCAAGGCAGCCAGCAGGGGCGCCAGCGGCGGCCGAUGGUGGCGGCGGCUCCCUUUCUUCCCUCUCGCCCACCUCGCCGGCUUCAACGCCUUCUGGUACUCGCACCACCUGCUCAUCGUCGUCUACCUCCUGCUGAUCGUCCACGGCUGGUUCAUGUUCCUCGUCGACAAGUGGUACCAGAGGACGACAUGGAUGUACAUUUCUGUACCCCUGGUGCUUUACGUCGGGGAACGGACACUACGGGCCUUCCGAUCCAAGGCUUACGCAGUCAAGAUUCUCAAGGUGUGCCUUCUACCGGGGAACGUCUUGACCAUAACCAUGUCGAAACCCUACGGAUUCCGCUACAGAAGUGGGCAGUACAUAUUCCUCCAGUGUCCAACGAUCUCCCCAUUUGAGUGGCAUCCGUUCUCCAUCACUUCAGCUCCUGGAGACGACUACAUCAGCGUCCACAUCCAGACCAGGGGUGACUGGACACAAGAACUCAAGCGAAUCUUCGUCGAGAACUAUUUCACGCCAUGCGUGCCCCGAAGGGCUGCCUUCGGGGAGCUAGGCGCGGUGGAGCACAAGAGUCCGCCAAGGUUGCUGGUCGAUGGCCCCUACGGCGCCCCAGCGCAGGAUUUCAGGAACUAUGACGUGCUGCUCCUUGUCGGCCUUGGGAUCGGCGCAACGCCUUUCAUCAGCAUCCUGAGAGAUCUUCUGAACAACAUCAAGCUGGCUGACGAGCUGAUGCCGGUCCGAGGACAGCGCCAACAGCUUGAGCGCGUCAACGGCGAGCAGCAGCAACAAGAGGCGGGCAUACCGAACAAGCUGCGCACACUUCUACUGGGUCACAAGGGAGCCUGGAUCGUUCGAGUGGUUUCAGGGGUGAUGAAUGAGGUCGCUGAAAUGGACAUGAAGGGUGUCAUUGAGCUGCACAACUAUCUGACGAGCGUGUAUGAGGAGCGAGAUGCAAGGACGACCCUGCUGUCGAUGGUGCAGGCCCUGAACCACGCCAAGCAUGGCGUAGACAUAGUGUCAGGCACAAGGGUCAGGACACAUUUUGCAAGACCUAACUGGAAAGAAGUAUUUACAAGAAUAGCGUCCAAGCACCCAAAUUCUACAGUCGGGGUAUUUUACUGUGGGAGACCUACACUUGCCAAAGAACUGAAGAAACUGUCACUUGACAUGAGCCACAAAACGGGAACCCGCUUUGAUUUCCACAAGGAGUACUUUUGA